GAUAAGGCACUGCUCUCACUCAAGAGCAAGAAGUGGCAAGAAGUACACUCAACUGUUAGGAAGUGCAUGAUUAACUACUUAUCUAUGCCUAAUGAUGCAUCUAUUAAUAUUAAUAACGCAACAAAAUAAACGUAGAAAAUAAAGGUGUUUGCACUAAUAAUGAAUAAUCUAAUCAUAAACACGAUUAUUGCGCAAUUAGUAAAACCACACAGGACAUUAUGUUAUUCAUGUCACAUUUGAUUUCACAUUAAUAAGUAUCUUGUAAGUAUUUAUUAACCAACACUUGUAACAGAGAACUUUAAAAAAAAAAACAAAAACCCAAAGUUAUAAAAAACAAACAUGGCAAACAGAACAGACUGUCUUGGAGUCUUUGAGCACAUUUCAAUUAAACGAGAUAAAUCGUUCUUCAUGCUGCACACAUAUUGAUUGUUCAUUGUUGGUGCAUGUUGAGCUCACUGGGUGGGUGGCAGCUCCUGCAGAAGACCCACCGACGAGGUCGUGCGCAGCAACUGUAAAGUUGGACACGAGAUUGUCACCAGAAUACUUUUGCCCUCUGCCGGUAUAUACAUAUCCAUUCCUCUGAGCUCGGGUACUGUCUCUCCGGCGGUGACUCAGUCGGACACUUGGAGAGAUGGAGCAUCUUCACCCGAACGCGUCGCGCAGCGUCACUGCUGCUGUCCAAAGCUCGGCGCGGACGAUGUGGCUCACCGGCGUGGCCAUCGCCUCUGUUUACGGCGUGAUCAGCGUGUCGGGGCUGAUCGGCAACAUCACCCUCAUCAAGACGUUCUGCUCUGCCAAGUCCAUCCGCAACGUGCCGAACCUGUUCAUGUCCAGCCUGGCGCUGGGAGAUGUCUUGCUGCUGGUGACCUGCGCUCCGGUGGACGCGAGCCGCUACCUGUCAGAGGAGUGGCUGUUCGGGAGAGUGGGCUGUAAAGUCAUCCCGUUCAUCCAGCUCACUUCGGUCGGGGUGUCUGUGUUCACUCUCACAGCCCUCUCUGCUGACAGGUACAGGGCCAUCGUGAAGCCCCUGGACAUCCAAACAUCAAGCACCACUACCAGCAUUGUCCUGCGGGCGGCGCUCAUCUGGCUCUUCUCCCUGCUCCUCGCUGUCCCCGAGGCCAUCUACUCCGACCUCCACACCUUUAAUGUCACCUCCACUAAUGAGAGCUUCGUCACCUGUGCCCCUUAUCCCCACGCCGGGGAACUGCACCCCAAGAUCCACUCCAUGGCCUCCUUCCUCAUUUUCUACGUCAUUCCCCUGCUGGUCAUAUCCGUGUACUACACCUUCAUCGCCCGGAGCCUGAUGAGGAGUGCCUCAGACCUGCCUGUGGAGGGGAACGUGCAAGCAAAACAACAGGUUGAAUCGAGAAAGCGCCUGGCCAAGACGGUGCUGGUGUUUGUUGGGCUCUUUGCAGUGUGCUGGCUUCCCAGUCAUGUAAUCUACUUAUAUCGCUCCUAUCACUACUCCCAGGUGGACACUUCCCUGGUUCACUUUGUCUGCAGCGUCAUUGCUCGUAUCCUGGCAUUCACCAACUCCUGCCUCAACCCGUUUGCCCUUUACCUGCUGAGCAAGACCUUCCAGAAGCAAUUUAAUCAACAACUUUGUUGCUGCUGCCGUGUGAUCCUGAGACACUCCUCGCAGAGCCCGACUCAUUAUAACACACGGGUGACCUCUGUCCGCAGCACACAUCACUCCGUGGCGAGUCUGAGCAUGAUCAAUGGCGUACGGCUGUACGCCGCUGAUCAUGAGGACCAGGAGGACUGCGUUUAAGUGAAGUGACUGACGUUAUCACAGCCUAUCACAGAUAAAUCACCAGUGAUGUACAGUACUGUGUUGUCUGAUUUCGGCCUGUAUAGAAUCCUACUGUUUUCACUGAACAUGAUACAGAAAAUGAUGCCAGUGAAAGGAUUUUUCUUCUGUGAAUGGAAUCAUCUCUGUGAAGUUAGAUUUAGUAUGAAGACCGCGUCACCUCAAGGAGUUAAAGAGUGCCUUUAACGAGGUUUGAUAACUUUAUUCAUGAUAAAACAAGAUGACAUGCUUUUGUUAUGAUGUUUCCAAAAGAUAAAAGUGAGUUCAGUGUGCUUUAAUACUGUUUGUGGUAUCUAUUUAUAUUUGUAUGACUAUGGUGUGUAAUGACCUGUUGCUGUAUAUAUAUAUAUAUAUUAUAUUAUAUUAUAUUAUAUUAUAUUAUAUUAUAUUAUAUUAUAUUAUAUUAUAUUAUAUUAUAUUAUAUUAUAAGUGUUAGAUGCUGUGAUAACUGUGACAUUUUCACUGUACCUCUAGAUAUGUAUUUUGAAUGUUAGUUGUCCUUGGUUGCAGGAUGUUUAUUGAGAUGUUUUUGAACACAGUGUGAGAAACAAAUCACAUUUGUACUUUGUGGGUUCAUAUUUGCUGGUUGGUUUGACUAAAUUUUCAUGUAGUUCUCAAGGGAAUUAAACAGACACUGAGCCUGUGUCACGCCACAAACAAGUUGC